GCUAAUGGCCUUCGUCACGUUUUAGCAGAGAGAGAGAGAAGAGGAUGUGGCUGGUUUCUUCAGCGUCAAUCCAGCUGGGAUCCCACGAAGACGACGAAGGAUCACAUCACGGAAGAAGAAGAAGAUACACGUAAAGCAAUCGCUUCGCUUUGAUCGGAAUUUUUGUAAUCCGAUCGAUUGAAUCGAUUUUCUCCGGAAAUUUUUUUGCUAUUUUGUAAAGAUGUGGGUAUUUUAUUCGAUCUCGCUACCGUUAACCCUAGGCAUGGUAAUCUUGACUCUUAAAUACUUCGCCGGACCGGGCGUGCCGCGCUACGUGUUAUUCACGGUUGGAUACACUUGGUUCUGCUCGAUUUCGGUCAUCAUUCUUGUCCCCGCCGACAUUUGGACGGCUAUAAUUGGCCAGGAUAGUACUGGAAUCUCUUUCUUUUGGAGUUGGUCUUACUGGAGUACGUUUCUUCUUACGUGGCUUGCAGUGCCUCUCUUACAGGGUUAUGAAGAUGCGGGUGACUUUACUAUGCAGGAAAGACUGAAGACUAGUGUACAUGUGAACUUAAUCUUCUAUUCAAUUGUGGGGGCCAUUGGUAUUUUUGGACUUAUUCUCCUGAUUAGUAUGCGUAAAAAUUGGUUUGGUAGUAAAGGUAUAUUGGCAUGGGCUAUGGCUUGCUCAAAUAUAUUUGGACUAGUGACUGGUGCUUUUCUUCUUGGUUUUGGAUUGAUUGAGAUUCCAAAAAGCAUUUGGAAAAAUUCUGACUGGACCACUCGCCACAAGGUUCUCUCACACAAGAUAGCCAAAACAGCCGUAAAACUUGAUGACGCCCACAAGGAGCUAUCAAACGCCAUUGUGGUUGCUCAGGCUACAUCUAAACAGAUGUCCAAGCGUGAUCCACUACGGCCUUGUAUGGAUGUUAUCGAUAAUAUGGUCAUGCAAAUGUUUAAAGAAGAUCCUUCCUUCAAACCACAAGGGGGUCGAUUGGGAGAAAAUGACAUGGACUACGAUACAGAUGAGAAGUCAAUGGCAGCACUAAGGCGACAUCUACGAAGGGCUCGAGAAGAUUACUAUAGAUGCAAAAGUGAAUACUUGUCUUAUGUUACAGAAGCUCUGGAAUUAGAGGAUACAAUAAAGAACUACGAAAGACGCGAUAUGACUGGAUGGAAGUUUGUCUCUAGCUUCAGACCAGAACGCAGUGGUACAUUAGGGCAAUUUCUCGACAUGGCAGAGUUAAUAUGGCGCUGUAUCUUACGAAAUCAGGUGCAAAAGGUCUUUGCUGUCAUUCUUGGUUGCAUGUCAGCUGCCAUACUCGUGGCUGAGGCCACUAUGCUAACUAGCGGAGUUGAUUUAUCUUUAUUUUCCAUCCUUAUAAAAUCCGUUGGAAGUGAUGAGGUUCUAGUUCAGGUGAUGGCAUUUCUUCCACUGAUGUUCAUGUGCGUAUGUACUUAUUAUUCACUUUUCAAAGUCGGGAGGCUCAUGUUUUACUCAUUGACACCAAGCCAGUCCAGCGCUGUAAGCUUGCUAAUGAUAUGCUCGAUGGUUGCCCGUUAUGCUCCCCCAAUUUCAUAUAAUUUUCUAAAUCUCAUCAGUCUUGGCAGCGGAAAGAGAACCAUUUUUGAGAAGCGUAUGGGAAAGAUCGACGACGCCGUGCCGUUCUUCGGAGAUGGAUUCAACCGAAUUUACCCCCUUAUCAUGGUUAUUUAUACAAUCCUAGUAGCGAGCAACUUCUUCGACAGAAUCAUAAGUUUCUUCGGCAACUGGAAGAUUUUCCGAUUUCAAAAGGACGUCACCGAUGACAUGGAUGGAUUCGACCCGUCUGGCUUACUCAUUCUGCAAAAAGAAAGGAUGUGGCUGGAACAAGGUCUCAAAGUCGGCGAACACGUCAUUCCACUGGCCAGAAACUUCAACGGUUCGACAAUCGACGUGGAGUCGGGCAGCAACGAAAUCGACAACAUAAUCGAAAUGAAGGAGUCCUCCGACUUGAUCAGGGACGAUAAAAAGGGGACCUCGUCGUCUAAGUAUUCGGGGACCAAAGAAGCCAUGAGCGCCAAAUACACGGCGAUCCGGGAGCAAUCGAAGUCGACGACGCACGCCAACCAUCCCGUUGAGAGCAUCGCUUCCACGAAGGUCUCGUUGCUCGAUUCCGACGCGGCUCAAUCGGGCAACCCCAACCGGAUCCCGUUGGCGCUGGCGUCGAAAUGGGCUUUUAUGAAACAGGGAUUCCAAUCAUUCAAAGACAAAAUUGAGGCCAAGAAGCUGUUGCCGCUGCGCCCGGCGGCGGCGCAGGAGACCAAUCGGCCUAGCCGUGUCCCGUCCUCCGAAUCACUCGACGAGAUUUUUCAGAAACUCAAACGCCCGGCAGAUGAUCGACACGACAGCGAUAGCGACAACGAUAGCCUCGGAGUCCAAGGUUCAAGCCGAGACAGGUGACAUUAGUUAUAACUAUGAAGAAUAUAUAUAUAUAUAUGUAUACGUAUAUGAUGAUUCCUCAUUGUUGUAGAGAUAGAAAAUUGAAAGCAAAGCCAGCCUCUGUAAUAUACAGAAAACCUUAUUUCUGUUGCUUGACAAUUUUUUUGGUAUGGUGAAUGAAAAAAUGGGUCGUAGUCGGGGUCGGGU